AUAAUUCGAUCUGUCAGGAAAUUUAUGUUUCCUUUAAGUAGAUUUUUAUUUUUAUAAUACCCAAAAGAAAGCUGGUGGGUGAAUCGAACUUUUGUACUUUGACUGAAGAAAGAAACGAAGAACGAUUAUGUCAUGAAUUUUUUGGUUACCCAUAACAAUUAAUUAACCUAGAAAAAACUUUAUUGUUGGUCCGUAAAUUUUUGGAUUUGAUAAUGCCACAACUUUCGUGUAAAAUAUAACACUAUAAGUAUUGUCGAAUAUAAUGUCAAAAUUAAUAGAACUUCAAAUACGGCUUUGUAAAAGAACUCUGUUUUACACAACGUACUAUUUUGCAGAACGGUUAUAAAGUUAGUGCGCCGAUAAUCCGCUUUGUUAAUCAAUCAAAUCCGAAAGCUUCAACACUUGAUAUAGCAUGUGAAACUGGUCAUCUUCCACAGAAGCCUGCAGCUUCACCAGGAUGGAGGCCCACACCUUCCACAGACAGUUCAAAUAUGAUAAAACAUUAUCUAAAAUUAUCGAAAAUAAGACUUACCAGCUUAGUAGUGGUGACAACAAUGGCAGGUUAUGCUGUUGCUCCAGCACCAUUCGAUCUUUCUGUAUUUGCUAUGUGUGUGAUAGGCACUGGUUUAUUGUCUGGAGCAGCAAAUGCUGUAAAUCAGUACCAUGAGGUUCCCUUCGAUGCCCAGAUGUCUAGAACUAAGCACCGAGUUAUUGUGUGUGGAAGAUUGACGCCUUUAAAUUCAAUGGUAUUUGCUGUAGCAGCUAGUGUCACUGGACUCCACAUUUUGUACUAUGGGGUAAACAGUCUUACAAUGUGGUUAGGUCUGACGAAUUUAAUAUUGUAUACAUCUGUUUACACACCUCUUAAGCGAGUCAGUAUUCUGAAUACAUGGGUUGGUUCAGUAGUUGGUGCUAUUCCUCCCCUUAUGGGCUGGGCUGCUUGUGCGAAUUCGUUGGGUCCCGGUGCGUUUCUCAUGGCUGCUUUAUUGUACAGUUGGCAGUUUCCGCACUUCAAUGCCUUGUCAUGGAACCUUCGCCCAGAUUAUUCUAGGGCUGGUUAUAGAAUGAUGGCUGUGACACAUCCCGCUUUAUGCAGGAGAGUCGCACUAAGGCACACGUUCGCCUUGCAGGCCUAUUGUAUAGCGGCACCAUUAUUAGACAUAACGAAUUGGUGGUUUCUACUUGAAUGUACACCCAUCAACUUAUACUUUAUUUACUUGGCUUACCAGUUCUAUAGAGAAUCAUCAAGCGCAUCAUCCAGAAAAUUAUUCAGGUAUUCUUUGCUUCACCUACCUUUGAUCAUGGUCCUGUUCUUAGUAAAUAAGAAAAAAUGGUUUGUAUUUGAAACUAACGAUGAAAAUACAAAAAAAAUGUAAAAUAAGCCACUGUACAUAAAUGUAAUUUAUUAAAGACGCGCUAUUUUGUAUAUUGGUUUAUUUAUUAUUUCAAUACAAACAUUCUUAAAAAGUAUUAAAACAACGCAAUUUAAAAGCAAUUGCUUUUUUUGUUUUGCGAAAUUAUGCCCAAAAUUACAACAGACUUAAAAGCUAAUAUAAAUGUUAAUUAUUCUAAUGGUAAUUGUGUAUUUCAAAAAUCAUGUUACAUCAGAAUGACUCCGAGACUGUAAAUAUUAAAUGUUCAGGUCAGAUUUGAAAAACAUUUUCUUUGAAAGGACAAUUUCACAAAGCCUGUUGAGUCGACCAAACAUUAAUAUUAUAAAUUGCUGGUUUACGAAUUCUUUUUAGAAGAAGCAUCAAAUAUUAGGCAAUAUCCUAACGUGCAUAAUUUCAAAUUUCAUAAGCAUAUCACUCAAAGUAAAAAAUUUACAAUGAUGUUUUAAAAUUUGGGAUGGCAGUGUCUGAUAUAUAAUAGAUUUAGUUAAUUUUGAACUAGAAUUUUGCCUAGUACAUAUGUUUUGAAUAUUACCUAAUUUUUUAAUAACGGUAUACACCGCUGACGUGUUUCGUCUUAUUCGUAAAUAUUAUCGUUUAUCGUAUACAGUAAGGCAAAGUAAUUGACUGUUUAUAAUGAGUAGGAAUGAAGAACAAAAAAAUAUUUAUUAUAUAUGUUAUUUGGCAUAGGAAAUAAAAACAAAAUUAUUUAUAUUUUGAUAAAUUGGUUAAUGCUUUCGUGGCCCGUUGAUAAGCUAUUAUCUUGAUUCGGGUUUAAAGGCCGUCGUCGAUUGG